UCCUGCUAGCGGCAGAGCGGCAACUCAGUAACUUGCAGUCAGUCCGUCAGCCGGAGAAGCAGCAACCUGAUGAGAACUAGCAAGAAAACCUCCUCAAGUGAAAGCCAAAUGCACGUCUGUGAUCUUGGAGUGGAAGACCCAUGCUAUCUCCCCCCUGUGCUGUCAUAUUAGGCCUAUACAUACUGUGGAUCACCAUGGCUCAGGUGGCUGGCCAAGAGGACAGAGAGAAAACUACUGCACUCAAAGAUUUGCUGUCAAGAAUAGACCUAGAUGAACUGAUGAAGAAAGAUGAACCCCCGCUCAAUUUCCCCAAAACACUGGAGGAGUUCGAGUAUGCCUUCAACGAAUAUGGCCAGCUUAGGCACAUAAAGACAGGCGAGGCCUUUGUCUUCAAUGCCAGAGAGGACCUCCACCGCUGGAACCAGAAACGCUAUGAAGCCCUUGGAGAGAUCAUCACUCAGUAUGUUUAUGAGCUGUUGGAGAAAAAGUGCAACAUGACUAAAGAAAUCCUGCCAGUGGAUGCUUCAGAAGACGAGCCCACAAGUUUUAUCUACCUGAGCUCAGAUGCCCUGUCUAACCCGUCCAAGCUGCUGGUGCUCAUCCAGGGCAGUGGGGUGGUGCGGGCUGGACAGUGGGCCCGCAGACUCAUCAUCAACCAGGACCUGGACUCAGGGACACAGAUCCCCUAUAUCACCAGAGCCAUGGAGGAGGGCUACGGCGUGAUGGUGCUGAACCCCAACGAGAACUACUUGGAGGUGGAAAAGCCAGCCAAGUCCUCUCCACUGCCCUCUCCUCCUGAACCCUUGGAUGAACCCGCCGAAAAGAGGGAGCGCAAAGACGACAAAGAGGGCAAGAAGAAGAGAGAAUUCUACGAGAAGUACCGCAACCCACAGAAGGAGCGAGAGACCGAGCGGAUCCCCAUACGGGAAAAUGCUUCCUCUGAGGAACACGUGCUAUACGUGUGGGACCACUUUGUGUCCAAAGCUGCAGCCAAGAAUGUCUUCAUCAUGGCUCACAGCUAUGGAGGGCUGUCUUUCGUUGAGCUGAUGAAUCAGAGGGAAGCACAAGUGAAGAACAGAGUGUGCGCUGUGGCUCUGACUGACUCAGCUCACAACAUCUGGCUGCAGGAGACCAGCAGAGGAACGCAGGACUGGAUGCAGCAGUGCUGUUGUAACUGGGUGUCAAGUCCAGAGCCUCUGGACACACCGCUGGAGCCCAUGCUGCCUGACUGCCCUCGUGUCUCAGCAGGCACAGAGAGGCAUGAGCUGACCUCCUGGACAAGCUUCGAAUCCAUCUUUAGGUUCUUCAGCGAGGCCCUGGAGGCAGAGGAGGACGAGGAGGCGGAAACCUCCAACACUGUCACCACACGCAGCAGCUCCCUCAAAAACAAACACCAAGACUUAUAGAGGAGCCACAACAAAUGACUUGGAGCAAGGGGGAGGGGGGGAGCUGGGGGUGGAGGGGUGUAAAGGGAGGCUAAUGUUCCAGAUCCUCUCUGCCUGCCUCCCCCCCUUCCCUCCCUCCAUCUUUCCUUCCUCGCUCUCUUCCCCGAGUGUCAUUUCUCCCUUCCGGCCUUCACUAUCUCUCUCCCCGCGCUGCACAUAGCGUUGUUGUCAUAAGAAACAGAAGUGUGGGGUCACCGUGUAUACAUCACAAUAACGUUUUGCAUUACUUCUAGAUGAGUGCAACUGUCAAAGCAAUAUGGGCCUGAGUGUUAGCGCUUCCCGUGGGCUGUGGCCUGGCUGCGGGUAUGGGCCACGGCAGCAGAGAUUAAGGCUGACAGGCGCUGUGCACAGUGCGCUGUGGUGCACCUCUAAUUGUCCUGACACCGGCCUGAACUGAGCUAAUGCCCCGCCAGCCCUCUAGUCUACACUGUUCAGCCCCCCCCCCACCCCCCUCGCCUUCCCUCCCCCGGUCCUAAAGCCUGGACUGUUUACUGCUAAAUAAGCUCACAGUGUAUGGCAUCUCCUGCUAUGAUUUAAUAUAGCUUCUGCUUACUCCUUACCUAUCAUGUAUUUUCCCUUCUUUUUUGCAGUUGCUGCCCACUACAAAUGUCUUUAAUAAGAGUAAACACACACUGUUAACAGGUCACUAUUGUUUUUUUUUUUUUCCCUUUUGUUUUGUUUUUUUGUUUUUUAACAAAGGGUGUUGUUCUUAUGGCUUCUUGUUCACUCUCUAACUCCUCCGCACCUGCAGUCAGUCCUUUAAAACGUGACUUCUUUCAUUCAGCUUUGUGUAAAAUGUGGUUCUAUAAACCACACCAUGCAAUUCUGGGUUUGCAAUGGCCAUAGUAAGACUUUUUUUUUUCUUUCUCAACUUUAAUCUAAAUUUUAAUACAACAUCUCUCUCUCUCUCUCUCUCUCUCUCUCUCUCUCUCUCCUCUCUCUCUCUCUCUGACACACAAUAUUUUAUUCUGUAUAUUAAGCCUAUGCUUCCCAGAGUUAUAGGUGUUUACAUUAGAAUCUCUCUCUGUGUUUGAUUUGCAAAACUGUGGAGAGAGUCCACCUCUUUGUUUUUAUUAUAACUGUUUUUUGUUUUUUUUUUCUAUUUGAUAUCCUUAAAAUUGAUGUCUCCAGAUGACUGAAUGUGAUGAAACAAAUAAAGCAAACACAACCUGUGCUGAAUAUGGAAAAUUCAGGACACUGAGCGGAUUUAAAAUCACUUAAAGUCAAGCAUCAAAAUGAGUUUGAGGGAUAUCUCAUUUUAACAGGAGCCAGAAGUCAGCUCACAACACUCAUAAAGACUCAAUAUAUCGCCUUACACAUGUCAGGAAAUCCAAGAUUUCAAUAUUAUCCUAAGCCUGAAUGAUAUUUCCUUAGAUGUUGGGGAAAUGUAACAUCUAUUUUUUUCUCCUUUUUUCCUCUUCCACCAAAGUACUCUUCUUGAGUGUGUACUUAGAAGUGACAAAGUCAGCUCCCUGCUCCACUGUGCAUAAUCUGACUGUGUGACACAAACAUGAUAAAAAUGUUUCCACAACGCUGGUGUGAGUUAUAAACCACUCAAGGCUUAAUGGAAUACAUUUCUAAUGUGUCGUGACAUUAGUGAAAACUCAAACCAGAUACUAAAUCCUACGAUAUCUUAGAAACCUCCUCAAACAUUUACUUUUACCUUCACAUGUAGCCUAUACUUGUGGACUGUUUUUUUUUUUUU